GACUGAAAACAGACCCACAACAGACCAACAACAGACUGAAAACAGGCUGAAAACAGACCAACAACAGACACACAACAGACACACAACAGACUGAAAACAGACCCACAACAGACCCACAACAGACUGAAAACAGACUGAAAACAGACCAACAACAGACCCACAACAGACUGAAAACAGACCCACAACAGACCCACAACAGACCAACAACAGACCCACAACAGACUGAAAACAGACCCACAACAGACCCACAACAGACCAACAACAGACACACAACAGACUGAGAACAGACCAACAACAGACCGACAACAGACCAACAACAGACCCACAACAGACCAACAACAGACCCACAACAGACACACAACAGACUGAGAACAGACACACAACAGACACACAACAGACCAACAACAGACACACAACAGACCAACAACAGACCCACAACAGACCAACAACAGACACACAACAGACCACAACAGACACACAACAGACCGACAACAGACUGAAAACAGACUGAAAACAGACCCACAACAGACUGAAAACAGACCCACAACAGACUGAAAACAGACUGAAAACAGACCACAACAGACUGAAAACAGACACACAACAGACCACAACAGACCAACAACAGACUGAGAACAGACCAACAACAGACCAACAACAGACACACAAAAGACCGACAACAGACUGAAAACAGACCCACAACAGACUGAAAACAGACCCACAACAGACCCACAACAGACACACAACAGACUGAGAACAGACACACAACAGACCAACAACAGACUGAAAACAGACCCACAACAGACCCACAACAGACCCACAACAGACCCACAACAGACCGAAAACAGACCCACAACAGACCCACAACAGACUGAAAACAGACCCACAACAGACCGACAACAGACACACAACAGACCAACAACAGACUGAAAACAGACACACAACAGACCAACAACAGACUGAAAACAGACUAAAAACAGACCCACAACAGACCACAACAGACUGAAAACAGACCCACAACAGACCCACAACAGACCGAAAACAGACCCACAACAGACCGACAACAGACUGAAAACAGACCCACAACAGACCCACAACAGACCGAAAACAGACCCACAACAGACCCACAACAGACUGAAAACAGACCCACAACAGACCGACAACAGACACACAACAGACCCACAACAGACCCACAACAGACCAACAACAGACUGAAAACAGACUGAAAACAGACUAAAAACAGACCCACAACAGACCACAACAGACUGAAAACAGACCCACAACAGACCCACAACAGACACACAACAGACUGAAAACAGACCCACAACAGACUGAAAACAGACCCACAACAGACCCACAACAGACUGAAAACAGACCCACAACAGACUGAAAACAGACCCACAACAGACCCACAACAGACUGAAAACAGACCCACAACAGACCGACAACAGACACACAACAGACCCACAACAGACCCACAACAGACCAACAACAGACUGAAAACAGACUCACAACAGACCCACAACAGACCCACAACAGACCCACAACAGCUGCAGAUCUCUGAUAUAAGGGCUGUUCUUCUUCAUCUCUGUGUUUUUUUCUCUCUUUAAAGGCGCAGCAGUAUUUUUUUAAAGGGAUGGUUACAGCUGGGCGUGUUCGCCUCCACAGAUCCUGAUCAGCUGCUGAGAGAUCCGGCGUGUGAGCUGAGCUACAGUUUUCUGCAGACCAGGCGGACUCUGACACAUAGAAGUCUAGAAGUAGAUUUCCUCCUCUGGAAGGACACAAUCUACUGCUUAUAUGUCUAUGUGUCUGUCGUUAGAGAGACGACUAGUUAUCGUGAGAUUGAACGUGAAUCUGCAGGUUCUCCUGAUUCCUGCGUCUCUAAUCCUCCACUAAUUCACCUCACAAACGGAUCCAGUAGGAACUGUCAGACGGUGAAAAUCGCUGCAGUUCCAGAUCACAGCUGUUUUGGGUGUGGUGGAAAUCCCGGGUUAUUCCUCAGUAGACCGCCAACGUAAACCGGGUCGGGAUUUGAGUCCAAGUCCCUGAAAAGAGCGGGAUCAUGUGGAAGAGUGGAUCACGUCUGCUGAAGGCCGUAGCCUCGCUCGCUUGUCGGUUCUCCUGGUGGUUCCUCUGAGACGGUCUGACAUCCAACUCAUUGAACCUCGCCUCAAAAACACUGAAAUGUCCCUUUAAUAAUGAGGCUGCCCUGAAUGUUGGAUGCAGAUGUUUCUGGAUGACGGGAGGCCGUCGUGGUCGGGGAAACGUCCCGGUCUUUCUCAGACUUGUUGCUGUUGUUGAAACUCCAGAAAAUCUCUUUCUGCUCUUUCUUUCUCUCCCAAACACGAGCUGUCAGACUCUGAUCCUUCAGACUUUUCUUUUCCUGGAGGAUCAAACUCACGGCGCCGUCAGACUGAUCUGACGCUGCAGCAGAGACCGCCUUCACUUCUGCUGGUUCCUCUGUGGGUUCAUCAAACCGGUUUCUGUUGUCUGCUGUGGGACU